AUGCCUUCCAGAUCUGAGAUCACAUAUUUCGGCGCAGGCCCUGCUCUGCUGCCCACAGACGUCCUUGAGAAGGCUGCCCAGGCCCUCCUCGACUAUGAGCAUACCGGAUUAGGUAUUGCUGAGCACAGCCAUCGUUCAGAGCUGGCUACAAACAUCAUCAACGAGGCCAAGGCUGAUCUUGCCUCAUACAUUGACAUUCCCGAGGACUAUGAGGUUCUUUUCAUGCAGGGUGGUGGAAGUGGAGAGUUCUCCGCUACCUUGUACAACCUUGUCGGUGCAUGGGUGACAAAGAAGAAGGCCCAGAUUGUUGCCAACCUCAAGGCUCCUGAGGACGACCCUCGUGUGGAGCAGGAGCUCAGGAAUGCAGUCGAGAAGGAGCUCAAGACGGAUUACAUUGUCACUGGUGGCUGGUCUCAGAAGGCUUCUGAAGAAGCUAAGCGGCUGCUUGGUCCUGAGCAUGUCAACAUUGUCGCUGACGCCCGCCAGAUUAACAAUGGCAAGUAUGGCAAGAUUCCCGAGGAGAGCACCUGGAACCUUUCCAAGGACGCUGCUUUGGUGUAUUAUUGCGACAACGAGACCGUCGAUGGGGUAGAAUUUCCUGCUUUCCCUCAGUCCUUGACCCCUGGACCUGACGGCGAGGGCCCUAUUGUUGUGGCCGAUAUGUCCUCCAACAUCCUGUCGAGGAGAAUCCCUGUCCGAAACUUCUCAGUCAUCUUCUUCGGCGCCCAGAAGAACCUCGGCUGCACUGGUGUUACCGUUGUGAUUAUCAAGAAGAGCCUUCUUCCCCCCAAGACACCUCAGCCCCCUGCCGCACUUCUUCGGCGACUUGGACUUCCUAUCCCUCCUAUCAUCUUCUCUUACGAGACUAUCGCCAAGAACAACAGUCUCUACAAUACCCUGAGCAUCUUCGAUGUCUAUAUUGCUGGCCAAGUUCUCAAGAAGUCACUCAGCACCUAUAACAAGGUCGAGGGACAGGAGGCUGUAUCCGCCAAGAAGGCCGAGCUUAUCUAUGGUGCUCUUGACGCUCACCCCGAUGUGUACAGAGUUGUCCCUGACAAGUCUGUUCGCUCAAGGAUGAACAUCUGCUUCCGAGUUACCAAGAAUGGCGACACUGAUGGUACGGAGAAGGCUUUCCUCAAAGAGGCCACUGCGCAGGGUCUCACCGGCCUCAAGGGUCACCGAAGUGUGGGUGGUAUUCGUGCCAGCAGCUAUAAUUCCAUUCCUUUGGACGGCGCUGAAAAGCUUGCCAAGUUCAUCGAGACGUUUGCUACCUCUUAA